UCGGCAGGGCGCCGGCCGGCGGGUGGAGACGGACCCGGGAUCUGUCUGAGCAGGAAGCGAGCCGGAGACCGGUCGCCGCCGCCGCCCCGUCCCGGUGCCGGCGCUCGCAGUGGCUGUCUCCUCGCCCUCGUCAGCCCCGCACCCCACCCUCUAGCCUCACCGGCGACAGGUAGCCCCGCCGCCGCGCACCUGCCCUCGCGUCCGCACCGGAGGUCGUGGAUAGCUCCCUUCGAAAAUGGAGGACGGAAGGCCCGUGUGGGCCCCGCACCCCACAGAGGGGUUUCAGAUGGGCAACAUCGUGGAUAUUGGCCCUGACAGCUUAACCAUUGAACCCCUGGGUCAAAAAGGCAAGACAUUUUUGGCUCUCAUAAACCAAGUGUUCCCUGCAGAAGAGGACAGUAAAAAAGAUGUGGAAGAUAACUGUUCAUUAAUGUAUUUAAAUGAAGCCACACUACUCCAUAAUAUCAAAGUUCGAUACAGUAAAGACAGAAUUUAUACCUAUGUGGCCAACAUUCUGAUUGCAGUGAACCCAUACUUUGACAUACCUAAAAUCUAUUCUUCAAAUACAAUAAAGUCGUACCAAGGAAAAUCUCUUGGGACGAUGCCACCUCAUGUGUUUGCAAUUGCUGAUAAGGCUUUUCGAGACAUGAAGGUGCUCAAGAUGAGUCAGUCCAUCAUUGUAUCUGGAGAAUCAGGAGCUGGCAAAACAGAAAAUACAAAAUUUGUUCUAAGAUAUCUGACUGAAUCCUAUGGAACUGGUCAAGAUAUUGAUGAUAGAAUUGUUGAAGCUAACCCACUCUUAGAAGCUUUUGGAAAUGCAAAAACUGUUCGCAACAAUAAUAGCAGUCGAUUUGGGAAAUUCGUAGAAAUACAUUUCAAUGAAAAGAGUUCAGUUGUUGGAGGAUUUGUUUCACAUUAUCUUCUAGAGAAAUCUAGGAUCUGUGUUCAAGGCAAAGAGGAAAGGAAUUAUCAUAUCUUUUAUAGGUUGUGUGCUGGUGCUUCUGAAGAUAUUAGGGAAAGACUUCAUCUGAGCUCUCCAGAUAAUUUUCGGUAUUUAAACCGAGGCUGCACUAGAUACUUUGCUAACAAAGAAACUGACAAACAGAUUUUGCAGAACCGAAAAACUCCUGAGCAUCUUAAGGCAGGUUCCUUGAAAGAUCCUUUGUUGGAUGAUCAUGGAGAUUUUAUUAGAAUGUGCACAGCUAUGAAAAAGAUUGGCUUGGAUGAUGAAGAAAAGCUUGAUCUGUUCCGGGUAGUAGCUGGUGUCCUGCACCUUGGGAAUAUUGAUUUUGAGGAAGCCGGCAGCACUUCAGGUGGUUGUAAUCUGAAGAAUAAAUCUACUCAGUCAUUGGAAUAUUGUGCUGAAUUACUGGGUCUGGAUGAAGAUGAUCUUCGUGUAAGUUUAACUACAAGAGUCAUGCUGACAACAGCAGGGGGCACCAAAGGAACAGUGAUAAAGGUACCCCUGAAAGUGGAACAGGCAAACAAUGCCCGGGAUGCCUUGGCAAAGACUGUCUAUAGCCAUCUUUUUGAUCACGUGGUAAACAGAGUAAACCAGUGUUUUCCUUUUGAAACAUCGUCCUAUUUUAUUGGAGUCCUGGAUAUUGCUGGGUUUGAGUACUUUGAACAUAACAGUUUUGAACAAUUUUGUAUCAACUAUUGCAAUGAAAAGCUUCAGCAGUUUUUUAAUGAAAGGAUUCUGAAGGAGGAACAAGAACUCUAUCAAAAGGAAGGUUUAGGGGUGAAUGAAGUGCAUUAUGUGGAUAAUCAGGACUGUAUAGAUUUAAUUGAAGCAAAAUUAGUGGGAAUAUUGGAUAUUUUGGACGAAGAAAAUCGCCUUCCCCAGCCAAGUGAUCAGCACUUCACAUCUGCAGUUCACCAGAAGCACAAAGACCAUUUCCGACUUUCUAUUCCUAGAAAGUCUAAGCUGGCUGUUCACAGGAACAUCCGAGAUGAUGAAGGCUUCAUCAUCAGGCAUUUUGCCGGGGCAGUGUGCUAUGAAACAACUCAGUUUGUGGAAAAAAAUAAUGACGCUUUACAUAUGUCUCUUGAGUCCUUAAUAUGUGAAUCCAGGGAUAAAUUUAUCCGGGAACUAUUUGAAUCGUCCACAAAUAACAACAAAGACACUAAACAAAAAGCAGGAAAACUUAGCUUCAUCAGUGUGGGAAACAAGUUCAAGACACAGUUAAAUUUGCUUCUGGAUAAACUUCGAAGUACAGGAGCAAGCUUUAUUCGCUGUAUCAAGCCUAAUUUAAAGAUGACAAGCCAUGACUUUGAAGGAGCUCAAAUUUUGUCUCAACUUCAGUGUUCGGGUAUGGUGUCUGUCUUGGACUUGAUGCAAGGCGGUUUCCCAUCACGAGCUUCAUUUCAUGAACUCUACAACAUGUAUAAAAAGUAUAUGCCAGAUAAACUUGCAAGAUUAGAUCCAAGACUAUUUUGUAAGGCUCUUUUUAAAGCUUUGGGCUUAAAUGAAGUUGACUACAAGUUUGGGUUAACUAAAGUAUUUUUUAGACCUGGCAAGUUUGCAGAGUUUGAUCAGAUUAUGAAGUCUGACCCUGACCACUUGGCAGAGCUGGUCAAGAGGGUCCACCACUGGCUGAUCUGCAGUCGCUGGAAGAAGGUCCAGUGGUGCUCGCUGUCCGUCAUCAAACUGAAAAACAAAAUAAAAUACCGAGCUGAAGCCUGCAUUAAAAUGCAGAAAACUGUUCGAAUGUGGCUUUGCAGAAGGAGACACAAACCUCGCAUUGAUGGCCUGGUUAAGGUGGGCACACUGAAAAAACGACUUGAUAAAUUUAAUGAAGUAGUAAGUGCAUUGAAAGAUGGAAAACCAGAGAUGAAUAAACAGGUCAAGGACCUUGAAAUUUCUAUUGAUGCUUUAAUGGCCAAAAUUAAGUCCACGAUGAUGACAAGGGAACAAAUACAGAAAGAAUAUGAUGCUCUAGUUAAAAGCUCAGAGGUCCUUCUCAGCGCAUUACAGAAAAAAAAGCAGCAGGAAGAAGAAGCAGAAAGACUGAGGCGCAUUCAAGAAGAAAUGGAAAAAGAAAGAAAAAGACGUGAAGAAGAUGAACAACGUCGAAGAAAGGAGGAGGAGGAAAGAAGGAUGAAACUUGAGAUGGAAGCAAAGAGAAAACAAGAAGAAGAAGAAAGAAAGAAAAGGGAAGAUGAUGAAAAACGUAUUCAGGCAGAGGUGGAGGCGCAGCUGGCCCGGCAGCGGGAGGAGGAGUCCCAGCAGCAGGCGGUUCUGGAGCAGGAGCGCCGGGACCGAGAGCUGGCGCUGCGCAUCGCCCGGAGCGAGGCGGAGCUCAUCAGCGAGGAGGCGCAGGCCGACCCGGCGGCGCUGCGCAGGUCUGAAUUAUCUCUAAAUAGUAUGGAGUGUGGAGGUGUCAGCUUGGAUUUCCAUCCAGUAACUUCUAAAAUUAAUGGAACAAGACGCACAAUGACACCGGAGCAAAUGGCGAAAGAGAUGUCAGAAAUUUUGAGUAGAGGCCCUGCUGUGCAAGCCACGAAGGCGGCUGCGGGCGCCAAGAAGCACGACCUCAGUAAGUGGAGGUACGCAGAGCUCCGCGACACCAUCAACACCUCCUGUGAUAUUGAGCUCCUGGCAGCUUGCAGAGAAGAAUUUCAUAGGCGACUAAAAGUGUAUCAUGCUUGGAAAUCCAAGAACAAGAAGAGAAAUACGGAAACAGAACAGCGUGCUCCAAAGUCUGUUACUGAUUAUGCUCAGCAGAACCCGGCAGCCCAGCUCCCUGCCAGGCAGCAGGAGAUCGAGAUGAACCGACAGCAACGUUUCUUCCGCAUCCCAUUCAUCCGCCCCGCGGACCAGUACAAAGACCCGCAGAAUAAGAAGAAAGGCUGGUGGUAUGCCCAUUUUGAUGGACCAUGGAUUGCCCGGCAGAUGGAGCUUCAUCCUGACAAGCCACCCAUCCUCCUCGUGGCUGGGAAGGACGACAUGGAGAUGUGUGAGCUGAAUCUUGAAGAGACAGGCCUGACUCGAAAGCGCGGUGCUGAGAUUCUGCCAAGACAGUUCGAAGAAAUCUGGGAGCGCUGCGGAGGCAUCCAGUAUCUCCAGAGCGCGAUCGAGAGCAGGCUGGCCAGACCCACGUAUGCCACGGCCAUGCUGCAGAAUCUAUUAAAGUAGAAGGUGCCCUAACCUUGCAGCUGGGAGCCCUGGCCUCAGCACUAGGUAGGGAGUGCGCCCCAGAGAUUGAACCCUCCUGCAAUCAAGUUAGGGUGACUUACACAAAGUGAACAGAUUUUACUAAUCAUGGCUUUUUUGUUAAUUUAAGGUUAAUUAUGGUAGUGACUUUGGGACCGAAAAAUUGUUUUCCUAUAUCCAGCUGUAACUGUUAGACCUCUCAUCAUCAUCAUUGUGAUACUUGUUACACUUGGACAGACCCUGACGUCUCUCUCUCUUUGCCAAGAGACUACCUUAAAUCCAUUUUAAUUGUUCGCUAGGAAAAGAAGUUUUUUUUUUUUUUUUUAAAAAAUGCAGAAUUCUUGCUUUUUAAGAAGGCCACAGUACCAUAAAACUGGAAUAAAGAAAACUUAACUUCAGUUUUCUUACAACAGUCAAGGCACUUAGAGUGAUCAAGGCACUGGUGUUUUUUAUCUGAAAGCUGUAUCCUUCCUUCACUAACUUUUUCAGAAAUUCAUGGAAGUUUCCAUCACAGGUGGAAAUUUGUAUUUUUCCCCCUAUUUUGCAACGUCUUAGUUUGAGUAAAGCAAUUUACCUGAAGUUCUAGAAUUCUGGAGAGAGCCUUGAUAUGUCUGAUAAAAUCUUUGAUAGAGAAGGUACAUAGUAUCCUGCACAGAUUUGUUUUGCUUUUCUAUCACUUUGUGUUGCUAUAAGAAUAUGUUCUCAUACUCCAUGAAAUUCGGAUCAUUUAAAUGCUUGAAAGUUUUGAGAUAACUUUUGUUUCAUUUAGAAAAAGAAAUGAGUUUUAGGUGGCAGUUUGGCUUAACUGACUGAAUUCAGAUAUUCUUUCAGUUUCAUCUCAGUUGCAAUUUUGUAUCAGAAUCUUGUCCAAGUUGUUUCAUGUGAUUUUAAUCUAGUGUUCUGCUUCAAAACACUCCUGUUUUUUAAAAAAAAUUCCUUUUGUCUUUUUUGGCCUUUGAGAUUCUGGUAAUUAUAGAGCUCUUUUAUAAGCUUUGUAAUUCAAAAACCCUCUACUUAGAAAUUGCUUGUUUCAUGUAACUGAUAAUUUAAAAAAAUGUUUUUGUUUGUGUGCUGUUUAGUUUUGAUCAAAUGUCAGCAGUUUCAAGCCUAGUAUUUCUAACUUUCAUAUUAGGAAUUUGGAAACAGAAAUACAUCAAGGAGUUAUGUUGACAUAAUCCUAAGGAGUCUUGUUUGUAUUUUAGAAUAAAAUUAGAAAAUAAAAUUAUUCUCUAUACCUUUUUUCCCUGAUGUUCAAAGACUCUAAACCUUUGAAAUGAAUUUCCAGUAAUUUUUUUUUCCUCCUAGAAAGAGCCACCUCAGUUAGGAAAGUGUUUCUCAGCUGACUAGAUCAGAGCUUGUGAGCCAGACACUGUUUUCGGAAUUGCUUCUCUCAUAAUAUGUCCUGGUGUAGAGAUGUUUAUUUAUUAUGACACUGUGCAAAUAAUGGUCUUCUGCGAAAGAAAUUAAACGGUCCUGUCUGUCCUAUUGAGAAUAUCAAUGUGAUCGUCCUUUGAAAGCUGUGUUACUGGGUAGACUCACCCACCCUGGGUCAUGCAAUCCCUGUGAUUUGGUGACAGAAGGUCUGGUUACUGAAAAUAAAUAUGUGCUCUUCUUCCUCUUCUCA